UUCUUAUACUUCAGUGGCUGACUCUCACCGUGGAACGUGUGCCGCCGAUAGAAACUCGGUUCUGACUGUUCAAGUAACUGUUUUCAUUCGCAUUUAUCCAUAUUCGCAAGAUGCACGGGUGGUUGCACGGAUGAAGCCGGCAGAAGUUCGAUAUCCAACGAAAACAAAAUCAUCACGUCGGAUCAUACAGCGACCAUCAUGAUCGAGAUGACUAAAAAUUUCUCAUUCGAUUACGAGCAUAGUCAACAUCUCAUCACGAAUGAGUCCUGCGACUGGAAUCUGGUGCCUAGUGCGGUGGAUUAUAUUGAGAGUCUGGGAUCGUUUGGGGUUGGUCUGAUCGGCGUGGGUUCCGUGCUCACCGUCCUCACCUUCUACCUCAUAAUAGACGCCGUCUACAACAUCACGUUGCAGAAUGAGACGGCUGCUUACAAGACCAACUGUCUCAUCGUACUUUCCAUCUACCCAAUCGCCAGUCUCUGCAGCCUGUUAGCCACAGCCGUACCUAGAGCCCAACUGCUGUCGGAGAGCCUGACUCAGAUAUGCCUGACGGUCUCCCUUUAUCGGCUGUUUCUUCUCCUAAUUGACUUGGGGCACAGAAGCGUCAGUAAACCGCCCUCCAUGCUCCUCAAAGUUGGGCCCUGCUGCUGCUGGCCUUGUCUACCUUUCUCCAACCCCGAAAUGAACAGAAUCAACCUCACGUGGCUUCGGCUGUGUGUUCUUCAGUUCACCAUCGUUCAGGGUUUAACGAGCUGCGUUAUUCUCUUCUUGGAUGCGGAAAGUUCUGUACUUGCACGGAUUUACGGAGCAUACUUGCAGCCAAUGGCUCUGACUAGUCUACUUUUUGGCCUCUACGGGUUAACCGUGGCAACCAAAAGUUUGCAGGAUUGCUCUCCAGACGCAUCCCUCCCUCGCAGGACAAUGGUGUGCCAAAUGGUUUUACUCUUUUCCAAACUCCAGGGAACCAUCGUGAAAAACCUCCCCAGUGCCGGGGUCUUUCCAUGCCACCCUCCGUUAACACCCCAAAUUUAUGCUAACCUAACCUACAACUUCCUGAUGCUUGUCGAGAUGAUGAUGCUGGCCUACGCGGCUAAGAGGAUAUACGUGAACGUGGAGGAGCCAGCCGAGGAAGCGAUAAUAAUUGAAACCUGCACGCCUAAAAAUAUCCUGGGUCCGGCGGAAGUCAGUGGUAACAAUGAACUGGCGAACGCACAACAUCCGGUACCGAUAACCGCACUCGCUGCAUCCGAAGACGUUCACUCUCGCGUGCCCUAAAUAGCUUUUGAAAUCUACCGAAGAGGGUAGGAAAUAUUGACUCGAAUUUCUUGUUUUUCUUUCCCCAUCGACUCUGGAAAAACGUUCGUUUCCGGUCUCGGCAUGCCACGUCAAUUCCCAUAUUUCGGAAAUGUGGAACUGCGGGUGUUAGACUUUAACGGACAGUGAGAAGACCGGAACACUAUUGAAAGACGAUCGAUCUAGACUAUCUUUAUUAUCGAGAUUAUUCGAGUUCGGAUCAGGUUAAAUUUAUCAACGAUAUGCAUCAAAGUAUGUACCCAGAAGUGUUCUCAAAAGUAUAUAAAAUAAAUUAUUGUAUAGCGAAAAAGAAAAAUUACAACACUGUACGUCCCGUGUUAUAAUUCGUACGUGUAAACUGAUUACUUUCAGUAAAUAAUUUAAUUCGUUUAAAAGAACCUUAUGAAUAAUAAGUUGUGUAACUUGCACACGCAAUAAUAUGGAUCUUGGAAAGAAAAAUCCAUGCAAGUACGCCGGUAUACGUUAGUUAGUUACGAUACAACAGUUAAUUGAUCAAUUAAAGGUUUGCUUGUAUGUAUAUAUAUAUAUAUAUAUAUGUAUAUAAUAAACCCUAUACCGCACGUGGGAAUGUACAAAGUAAUUACCUAAUUAAUUGCUGUUUGUAUUAAUGAAACAGAGAUCUGGGACCCACAAUGACGGUUUACAAUUAAUAAUCCAACCCGGCGUAAUAAAUCAGUCCAACAAUGAAAAGAAAUAGAUGCAGCAUUAAAAUUGCCACCCUGCUUCGGAUCCAGUCUUUACGGAUCUCGUGUGAAUGUGGCGUAUAUAACGCCGAAUAACGUCGCACUAAUUAGCACCCUAGGGGCCGAAAUAAAUCAAUGCUUGAUGCCGAUAUUUUCCCAACGAAUCCUCACUGAUCCCAACGCACUUGGCUGCCUUCCGACUCAAUUUAUUCUAGCGUGGUUUGCUGCACGAUUAUACAUAUAUACAUACAUAUAUACACCUAUAUAUUUAUAUACCUUAACGAAAAUAGAAACUCCUGUAGGCAUUAUACUCCAGACGUGUAAGGAGAAAUGGAAAGAAGUCGGUGGUAGCUUAAUUGCAGCUCUGACAGUAACACAUUCUUUCUCGUGUUAUGCGCUGAGAUUUCACUAUUGUUACGAUGUCUGAACGCUGUCGGGUCACAGUCGUUGGUUUAAUUAUAAACUUUGAAUAUACCUACACCUGCUUAGUCGAUGAGAUUUCAACACCGUUGCAGAAAUUAACGGGCUAAAUUACCUUUGUACACUUGACCCAAGAAAUAUUUUUACAUCGCUGAAAUUAGGCGAAUACCAAUAUUGUUAAAAAAAACAAUUAAAUUUAAGAC